AUGCAAGCUCUGCCCCAGCUCACGUUUAGCCCUGCUCCUGGUCUUCUCACCCUCCUUGGAAAGAAAUUCGACCCCCCCCCCAAAAAGGGAUGCCUCUGCGCCCCCUUCAACUCACCCUCUGCCUAUGGGGAUGGGCUGGGGCUGGGGGAAGGCGGGCGUUCGCCACAGCCAGCCAGACGGGCGCUGCUGGAGCUGCCCACGGUCCCGCGCGCUCCCUCCUCAGGCGCGCCCCUCCCCGCCUGGAAGGCAGGGGUGGCAGGGGGCGGCAGGGGGCGAGGGCCGGCCCCGAUUGGCACGACCGGCCCCCGGGAGCCCGACGACCCCUGCCAGCCCCCGACUCUCUCGGAGGCUCCCCUUGCCCCGGUCGGGCUCUGCACCUGCACGCCUCUGCCUGCCCCCCCCCCCUUGCUGGCAGGCAUGCCCACACGCGAGCAGGCGCCGCGAGUGUGCCAAGCUCCGCAGCAGCACCCACCCACCCACCUACCCAUUGGCGGCCGCCCUGCCCCCUCGCCUCGUCCAGCGAGCCCCCCGCCUGCCUCCCCCACGCGCCUAGCCACGCGCUUAGCCAAGGACGCGGGGAGGCUCCCCCCGCCCCCGUCCCUCGCCCCGCAGCUGGGGGCCAGGUGCGCCCCCCGCCCCCCGCCGCCCCUGGCAGCCGUGCCCCGCGUGCGAGCGCCUCCCCACCUGGCAGGAAGCAAGGCGCGCUCGCCUCCCCGUCCAGCUGCGGCUCCGGCUCCUGCCUGGCCGCUGGGUGCGCGCGCGGCGGCGCGUGCCGGGCAGCUUCGCCGAGCCGGGCUCCGCAGUGCGGACGCUGCGCAUGCGCCUCCAGGCCCCCACUCCCCCCCACCCACCCCCCACCGCACCGCGAUGAAGCCCGCGCAUCCCUCCCUCCGGCCAGGGAUGCUGCCGGGGUGGCCGCGGCGGCGGGGAGGGGCGCCCGAGAGGCCGGCCUGCGGGGCCAGACCCAGGCAGGAGGGCUCCUUCCCAGCCAGAGCCUCGGCUCCCAGCUGGCGGGGGCGCCCCCACGCUGGCCCAGCCUGUCUGCAGGAGAGUCCGUAA